GCCAUGGCAGACACAGAACAGGGAAAUCAAACCUCCCUCACAGAAUUCAUCCUCCUGGGAUUUGGGACUGUCCCCAAACUGCAGAUCCUUCUCUUUCUUCUGUUCCUUGUGAUUUACAUUGUGACCAUGGCUGGAAACAUCCUCAUUGUUGUGCUAGUUGCGGCUGAUCUGCACCUUCACACCCCCAUGUACUUCUUCCUGGGGAACUUGUCCUGCUUGGAGACCUGCUAUACCUCCACCAUCCUGCCCAGGAUGCUGGCGAGUUUUCUGACUGGGGACAGAACCAUUUCUAUUGGUAGCUGCAUCACACAAUUUUACUUUGUUGGUUUCCUUGCAGCCACGGAGUGUUAUCUCCUAGCAGCGAUGUCUUAUGAUCGAUAUCUAGCGAUAUGCAAACCACUGCACUAUGCAACCCUUAUGAAUGGCAGUUUCUGCCUCCAGCUAGCAGCUGGGUCUUGGAUAAAUGGAUUUCUAGCUAUUAUCAUAGUAGUUUCUCUUAUGUUACAAUUAACUUUCUGUGGCGCCAAUGAAAUUGAUCAUUUCUUCUGUGAAUCUACACAAAUAAUAAAUCUCUACUGCAAUGACAUCUACCAGGUGAAGCUUGUAAUCACCAUUGCGGCUGCUUUAUUUACCCUGCCCCCAUUUGCUUUAACUGGGACAUCCUACAUUUAUAUCAUCUCCACCAUCCUGCGAAUCCCUUCCACCACUGGGAGGCAAAAGGCAUUUUCUACUUGCUCCUCUCACCUCAUUGUGGUGACAAUUUUCUAUGGGACUCUGAUCAUUGUGUAUCUGCUACCAAAAACCAACACACUCAGAGACCUCAACAAAGUGUUCUCUGUCUUUUACACAAUUCUGACUCCUAUGGCCAAUCCCUUCAUAUACAGCCUGAGAAACAAAGAGGUGAAAGAGGCUCUGAGAAAAAUUGUCAGUAAAUGUGUAGAUUUUAUAAGAAUUCAGAAAUGCUACUGUAUUUUUUGAAAGAGAAAAUAAUGUUGAGUGCAGCUGAUUUACACUUUAAAGC